AUGGACUCAUCCAUGAUCAAAGAGAAACUCCAGGUUGCAGGGGAACCUGCCCCAUAUGACCCGACAUUCAGUGGCCCUGUUUAUAAAAGGUCUUUUACUGAUGUCUUGUGUUGUUUGAUUUUCGUCGCCACUAUGGUCAUCUACGCAAUCAUUGGUGGUGCAGCUUGGCUUUAUGGAAACCCACAAUACAUCAUCAAGGAGCAAAACUCUGCUGGAGUUUUUUGUGGAGUUGGACCCAACGUUGAUAAACCCAAUGUGUUUUACUUUGACGUGUUGAAGUGUGCCUCAGCAGUCAAUGUAAUGGCUGCAACAUUCAAAGGCCUUCAGUGUCCAACGAUUCAAGCUUUCGCUGCAGGGGCAAAACCGGCUGAAGUCUUUCAGCAGGAGUUCUGUGACCCCAGUUUGGACCUCAACCAGACCACAUUUACGGUGCAAGAGAUCCUGGACAAAGGGCUGUGUCCGGAUUAUUAUAUGCCAAGCAAACCAGUUCAGGGAAAAUGUCUGCCCAGUUUUGAGCCAAAUGAUGUUCCUUCGGACUUCACUGUCCAUGGAUCAACUUUGGAUAAAGAAACAGUAAAGGACAUAAUAGAUGCUUCAAACUCUCUCAAGUCUGGGUUUAAUGCUAAAUCCAUGACGGUCAGAAUCAUCGAAGACUUUGCCAUUUCAUGGUAUUGGAUAUUGGUAGGUCUGGUGAUUGCGCUGGCAUUCAGUAUGGUGUUUCUCCUGUUGAUGCGAUGCUUUGUGACUCUGUUGGUCAUACUCAUCAUCGCUGGUCUUCUGUCACUGGGAGCAUAUGGUAUUUACCAGUGUUACCAGGAGUAUGAGAAACACAUGAACUCUCAGCUCACACUUGGUGACCUCAGUCUACAGUCCAAGCUCUCAGACUACUUUCAAGUGAAGGAGAUCUGGCUGGCUUGCUUGGUGACUGUGUCCCUGCUGGAGUUUCUCUUUUUGGUGCUGCUUGUAUCAUGCUUGAGAAAAAGACUCGCAGCAGCGCUGGCAAUGAUGAGGGAGUGCAGCGAGGCGAUGGGUGUACUAUCGCCUACAAUGGCAUACCCAUUGGUCACAUUUCUGCUGGUCACGCUCUGUGUAACCUUCUGCAUAGUGACUAGCAUAAAUCUGGCUACUUCUGGAUUGCCAGUAUACAACAAUUCAUCGAAUCCCGAAUGUAAUGUCAUCACAGGGGAAGAAACAUGUGUCCCAGAGACUUUCAAAUCAUCAGACUACCCCAAGUGUCCUGUGCGCUGUGCCUUUGUUAAAUAUGAUGAGGAAGAAGGCUUUUUCCAAAGACACACACAGUACUUUCAAAUUUAUUAUUUUCUGGCAUGUCUGUGGUGCCUUCAUUUUAUCAUUACGCUGGGCCAGUGCACACUAGCGACACUCUUCCAGACGUUACGGUACCAUACUGGCUCCAUGGCGUUUGGCGCCGUCUUCCUCAACAUGUUCCAGGGUGUCCGGAUCGUCCUGGAAUUUGUCGAAGACGUGACCAAAGGUGAGUGUGCCAACCUGUGCCAGAUUGCAACGUACGGAGACAAUUACUUCACGUCGGCCAAGAAUGCAUACACACUCUGUGGAAGGAACAAGGACCGAGUGCUGGUGGUGGACCAGGUUACAGACUUGCUGCUGUUCUUCGGGAGACUGCUGGUAGCCGGAGCAAUGGGAGUCUUGGCCUUCUAUUUCUUCAGUGGAGACAUUCGAGUGUCACCUGACGUCUUCCAGGCGGAGUUGCUGCACUAUUGGUGGCUGCCUGUUAUUGUGGUGAUGGUGGGAGCCUACUUCAUUGCUCACAGCUUUCUAAGUGUGUACAGCAUGGGAGUUAACACGCUCACCCUCUGCGUCAUGAAUGAUCUGGAGCACAAUGAUGGGACGCUGCAGAGACCCUACAUGUCAAGGAGCAUGAUGCAGAUCCUGCAACGACAGAAUGACUCUGCUGUUUAA